UUAUUGAUAAUAUACAGUAUACGCCGUGGAUAUUAAUAUAGUCUAUAACCUUGUUUACGAAGGUAGAACAAUUGAUACAACUGAAACUGUGAUGGACUGGUCGCUGGGUAUAUAAAAGUAUAUAGAAUAAUUGUGGUUUUUGGGCCUUUCGGGGUACUUUGGACAUCAGGCAAUUUGCUAAUUAGGGUUCACUCAUCAACAACUAUUAGUAUUUAAUAUUUUAACGGAUCGUGGACGGAUGGUGUAAUACUGUAUCUGUAAUAGGUAGUAUUAUUCUGUAUUUCUGUGCUAAUAGUGCCUACCAAAAUAACGAAACAAAUGAAAUAUAGCCUAUAAUGUUACCGGUGAAAGGAAUAUGCAUGGAAAUGUGUCCCAAGGAGGAAAUGAUGAUGAGAAAAUCUAAGAGACUUGUACACCAGUUGGAAUGUAAUCCUCAUAAAAUGGUUAAAUGUUUUAGCCGUUCAGCUGCUGGUAAUUCAUUAAGCAAACCUCAUAUUUUAAGACCACCAUCAGUUCUAAGGAAUACUGUAUCAUAUCUUUUAAAUGAGGUGCUUACAAUUGAAAAUGUACCAUUUAAUAUUGUUUAUGAUUUUAUUGAUGACCGUUUAAAUUCUAUAAGACAAGAUGCUACUAUACAAGCCGUGUCUAAUCAAGAUUGGAUGGCUAUUUUGCCACCUAUUAUACGUUUUCAUGCAUAUGCGGCUUAUAAAUGUUAUGAAUUUGAUGUAAAUACAUUCGAUCCAUUUUUAAAUAUGAAGCAUUUUCAUGAAAGCAUUUUUAAAAUGAUUAAAAUAUUGUUAGAAGACUCUGACGAAUCAACAAAUGAGCUUUGUUCGGAAAUGGUAUCUCUUCUAAUUGUUACUAAUUUAGGUGAUUAUAAUGUUCUUCAACAAGCUUUGCCGUUUAUAUCAAAGAAAAAUACUUUAAUCAAAAUGGCAGUGCUACUAUCACUGAAUAUUAUGAACGGUAAUUUUAGACAGUUAUUUGAAACAUACAAUAAAUUUCCAGCAAUGCAUCAGUGUGUUAUUUGUGUACAAUUACCAAUGCUAAGAAAAAACAUAUUAAAAUCAAUGUGUAUGGGUUUUAAUUGCAAAAAUAAUUACUUUCCAAUUUCAAUCUUAUCUAAAAUGUUGCUGCACAAUGAACCUCGAGAAACCAUAAAAGAGUGUCAACAUUACUGUUUAACUGUGGUUGAUGAUAAAGUGGAAUUAUCAAAGUCUUCAUUUAAUAAUGAAGUGGAUGAGUUACAUUUGAAAAAGAAGAUCAAAUUCAAAGUUAAUGUAUCAACCAUGGUUCUUAACAUCUAAAAACAAGAUGUUAUUUUAAGUGUUUGUAAGUAUUAUAUAAUAUUUAGUGAAUUUUUUAUUUAAUACAAUAUUUUAUUAUCUGAAAUGUGUAUUUAUUAUUAUUAACUAUGUGUAAAAACAUAAUAAAACAAUAUUUUGUAUGAUAAAAAAAAAUAAUUAUUCCUUUUAAAAGUAUAUUUUUGCAUUCAUAAUUUUUGGGUCCCAUUGAACAUGUUCAUGUUUUUAAAAUAUCUGUUGGUCUUUUUAAAAAAAAAAAAAAUUUUCAAUAUUCCAACCGCCAAAAUCUGAUCUGUCACCACAUUAUAUAUUUGGUUUUCUUUCAAUAUUGUUAGAUUUUUAUCUUCAGUUUUCACUUUUCAUUGGUAGGUUGUGUGCAUAGACAUAUUAUAGACAUAAUUAUAUUAUGUCUAUGGUUGUGUGCAUGAUUAGCAUUAUUUAUUAGAUACUGUAUUAGUACUGAUAGACAUUGAUGGAUAUCAACUAUUUAGAUAUCUAUUGUUUUUAAUUAUAUUAACUAAUCUUGUUUGAUAGUUUAUAGUUAAAUUAUAACACAUUAAAGUAAAUAAAAUAAUUGAGAUUUAAUUAAAAGAUAGAUGGCAGGCAAAAAAUAAAUUAUUAGUAAAAAAUGACCGGUAUAAAUUAAUUGAAAUAACAUUUCUGAAACCCGAAUACUCGUUUUUCGUGUUAGACUCGCGCUAACUAACCUGUAACGCGCCCCAUGUACAAACAAUCAUGAAUAGAAAAGGAUGUAAAAUAUCAGAAAUUUAAAAAAGAAAUGCCUUGAUUUUGUUGCUUAUAGACAUGGCUGAAAAUUGCAUAAUUAGCAUUAAAUUAAAUUAAAUUAAAUUUUACAUGAGAUAUUCAUGUACUUAAAUCAUUAAAAAAAUAGUGAAAUAUUUUGUUAUAUACAGUGGAUUUCGCUUAAUGUGGACACGUUGGGACCAAACUCAUUUGUCCACAUUAAGUGGUAGGCCAUAUAUCAAAAUUAGUUAGUUAGUAUACAUUUGAAUUGAGAUCAGACCAAUUUACCCAUAUUAACGCGGCAGCCAACAUUAGGCGGAAUUCAAUGUAGUUUGAUAAUUAUUAACAAAACCAUUGAAUAUUGUCAAAGAACAAAGGAAGAAAUAGAAUCAGAAACUGUAUAUUAUUAUAAUAAAUUGAUGAAUAAAAAAAUAUCCUGAUCUACUUUCACAGGUGGCAUGGUAAAGUAAAGAAUUUUUUUUUUAAUUGAAGCCGACAAUUUAAAUAGGUUGUGAACUACUGAGUAGAAUAUAAAUGAAAAGUAAUUAAAAAAUAUAACAUUAUUUAAGGUUUUAAUGAUCAAAUGAGUAAAGAAAUAAUAGAGUUAACUUACACAUUGCAAUUAACAUGUGAUAUCAGUGACACAAUAUAUCUGCCAUCUAGUGUAGUUGAUGGUUGUAUUGAUGAGAUGUUGUGUGAUGAACGAGUUUGAAAAAGGAACAGGGAUUUCCGGUUAAUGUUGUGCAAGUUUUCUAAAAUGUAUAUUAGAAAGCAGUCCAGGAGCAUAAUAUACAUCUAUAGACUAUAGAGUUAGAAACCUAAGAAAAUUGUAGUCAGCUAGCAUUCAACAUUUUGGAUGUAUCCAAGGAAAAGUAAAGAGUACAUAGACAGCUGAUUAAGGUAAAGAGCUGAAUGUUGUGUUUAAUGAAUCAAAAACUUUUAGCGUUCUAUUU